UCUUGUCCCUUCCUCUCACUCUUCUGCUGACGUUUUAGGUAGGAUUGAUCGCAAAAGGGGUUGAGAUAGGGAUAGGCAGCCGCUGGAAUAAACGUUAGAUGAAAGAACCCACAAUCAUUCGGACAAGAACCAGCAAUGAUGCACUGAGAAAGAUGUACGAGCGGCGAUAUGCGAUUGCUAGCUUUUGGCGCAUGCCCUCACAAUCAAGUUCGUCUAUUCGCCGCCAAACCGAAUGUUUACAUGUCUUACAGCCUUUGACAUCUGUUAAACUUGCUUUCUUUUCAUCUUACUUGAAUCUGCCCCUACACGUGGCUCGGAAACUAAGCGUUGCGCCCUGGCUCCUUCUGUGCGGAGUAUCAUUUUCGCACGCCCUGUCCCCUCUCUGUGUAACUCUCAUUACUCUGUCAUACAUGAUCUGUGUAUCGCAAGUUCUUAAUUUCUCCUGCUGCUAGACUUUUGUUGACCGAGGAAGCCUGUUUACCGAAAUCUUGGAAUGAUUCGCAGUAUUAGCAAGGACAUACAUUAUCCAGUAUCACCCCAAAGGGAAGUGUUUGCUAAGAGUUUGCUAUGAUAAACAACAUCAAUAACUAAAGCUACAUAAA